AUGCAGAAAGGAAUUAAGUUACUCUUUUUUAUUCAGAUUGCUUCAUUAAUUCUACUAUCAUGGAUGUAUAAUUGCAACGACGGCGUGCAUAAAAUAUGUAGAACAUUUGGCAUAAAAGCAGCGCGAAUUCUGGCAAAGGAUGAAAUGGAAAGAAAAAUAGUACUCGGAGUAUCACGAGGAAAUGCUUCAAAUAGUGUGGGGAAUAAUAAAUUACAAAACGAGAAAAAAGACACAUCAAUAAAUGAAAAUUUAAAAGAAAGUCAAUUCAAUAGUUUAUCUGCUUAUCGACAGAAUUCGAAGCGCAGAUACCAUAAAUUGAAGGGAUUAAAAAAAAAAGAUUGUUACUACGAGCAGAAGAUAUUUAAUGAAAUUGAUAAAGUUAGAAAAUUGGCAAAAGAUAUGAAGAAUGAUGAAAAAAAAUUCAAAAAAAUUAUAUGUAAAAAGUAUUGUUAUCCUAUUAUUUAUGGAUGCUUAUUUUCUUUGAUUGGUGUAAUAGUUCCUAUAUUAGCUGAAGCUCAAGUACCAUCAAGCUUCGAUGGUAAUGCAAAAGAUAUCUUGCCGUACUUAAUACCAGCAUUGAAUGGUAUAAUUUUUAUACCAUUUUGUAUAAUUAGUAUAUUAUGUAUUAUUUAUGUAUUGAUGAAAAUUGUAAAGUAUGAGAGAUUAAACGAAGGAAAGGGUAAACUGAAGGGAAAAGAAUAUGUUCGUUUUUGUAAAGAAGUUUUUAAUAUUAAUUAA